AAUUUAGUUGCUGUGUCAGUGUGGAGGCGCUGAAUGUUGCUGUUAACAUCAGUUACAUGCAAGAGUUGAUUCUGUAGAAAUCAGUAGAAAUUGUUUUGAAUCAGAGUACCUGAUGUGAUGUAUAGGUAAUUUUGUUUUGUUUUGACUGGUUUUGACAAUUUGCGAAAACGGAAGAUUUACAUUUUAUUUAUAAGUUAUUUAAGAAAAAUAUUCACAUGUUUUAUAAUGGGAUCUCAAUGUGCUUGGAACAGAUAAAAGUAUGAAAAAUCUAAAGUAAUAUAAAAUCAAAGCUAAAUUAUAUUCCCAUAAAGUUGAAAAAGUUUUGACAGUUGAUUGUUAUUGAAAUCAUUUUAAAAUUUGAAGAAAUCUUAUUGUCUUGGUAAUAAUUAUGCCUUUUACCGCAGAUGCAGCAGCACAUCAAAUACAGGAACGACUAAAAAAUAUUUAUAGUCUGAUUCAUGAUUUGGAAAGAAAGCGCAAUUAUUCUGAACCUAAUAUAAAUAAUAUCAUCAAAACUCAUGACAAACUAAGUCCGGAUGAUAAAGUAACUUCAUAUUACCAACAGAAAUUAAAAAAUAUUUAUAAUACUGCUAUAUUAGAUGCUCAUCAGGAAGAAGAUUUAUUAAGGAAAUCUCUUGAAAAAAUUAAUGAAAUAAGACUUAUUCGAAAUGAACGACGAAUUCAGGCGCGAAAUGCUGGAAAUAAAGAGACAAUAAGAAGAGGUGCGUUGAUGAAAAUGUUACUAAGUUCAGCACAAACUCUUCCUUUGUACAUUGGAAAAUCUGUAAACUCUAAACCGCCACCAUUGUGUGGAUCAAUUCCAGCAGAGUCAACAUAUAUUGCUAAGAUGGGAGAUAUGGUGGCAGCUCUUGUGAAGGGUUCGGAAGAAGAAGAAAACUGGAUUUUAGCAGAAGUUGUUAGUUUUAAUCCAACGACAAAUAAAUAUGAAGUUGAUGAUAUAGAUGAAGAACAAAAAGACAGACAUACUUUAUCACGACGAAGAGUGGUUCCGCUACCUUUGAUGAGAGCAAAUCCUGAGACUGAUUCAAAUGCUUUGUUUAUGAAAGAAGCUAUGGUUAUGGCUCUUUAUCCUCAAACGACGUGUUUUUAUAAAGCAGUCAUAAAUCACUUACCAUCUACAGCAACAGAAGAGUACGAAGUUCUGUUCGAAGAUCCCAAUUAUGCAGAUGGGUAUUCACCUCCAUUAAAUGUAGCCCAGCGAUAUGUUAUUUCAAUUAAAGAAAGCAAAAAGAAUAAAUAAAUUUCAUUUUAAGAA